AUGUCGGCAACAACGCUCUCUCACUGGCCUGGCCCAGAUAUCGACAUGACGGCGCUUCAGUGGCACACCAUUAGCGCCAUUGUUCCUUCCCUGGGCCAUUUUACCAGUCCGUCGAACGCGGGACUUAAUGGUGCCACACUGUAUGACACCGUUCAAGCAGAUGGCGCCACAGGAAACGCCACUGUAGAUGCAACUACAUUCCGAACGGAGUGUGGGUUGCUCCGUAAUUCCGAGUUGAGCUACACCCCAAAGCUGAAUGCCAAUCAAUUCGGAGACUACGUGGUCGAGCCUCAAGUUUCAGGUGGCGAGCAGACCAGGAAAUGGCCAGCCAGGCUGGUACCCUCCCUUCUUUCCAUGUCUGACCUUUUCCCUGGACCCACCAUCGUAUUCGUAAUUCCUAUGUCCAUCGAUGUUGAUGACUCCCUGAAAUCAGCAACCGUACAGCACAUGAACUGGGAAUACCAAUCCGACAGUCCACAAGCUCCGAUCAUCUCGACUGUACUUGAUGCUCAUUUAAUAGGUUGCAACAUAUAUGUUGAACACUAUACGGCGGAAGUCGAUACGGAAACAGGUCAAUUACUGUCACUCUUACCACCCCCGGUUCUAUCUCCUCCUUCGAACUGGAAGGCAUGGACGGCGCCAAAGGGAGACAAUAUUCGUGAUAUCUGGUCGCCGCCAGAAGUACUAGGUCAGUAUAGGCGUAAUAAAAAUUGGCUUGCAUAUCCAUUCAGGACUGGAGCUAUGCACCCCGUAAAGAUUUGUAUGACUCAAAGUCAAGCAACCUGCUACGGAAUCUCUCUUCUCGAGCUGUAUUUUAUGGAAGAAAUCGGUUUACCUAUGGUUUUGGAAGAGCAAGAUUCUAAGCCACCACCUCCAUCUGGUCCAAAGAAGGUUCUUUGUAGUCGCCACCAAUUCGAAUCUAGUCUCUCUAAGAUAUUCGCAUCGUUGUUGUGGACCGGUAAAGUGUUUUAUUUAUCACGUGUACCAGACUUGAAAGACGAUGCAGGCGCAAAACUCGGCUCCGAUGCUGGUGGCUUUGACCCAAGACCAGGUAGCACUGUCGUUUCUCGGCAGGUUAUAAAAUGGCAUCUCAACAUCAACUUGUGGCCUUUGGCAGUCGCAUUGGCCGCUUCGUUGACCAUGUUAGCCCUCUCGAUCUACAUGUCAGGUGGCAUAUAUCGGCAAAAAAACAGGACACUCAUAGAUAGUGCUGGCAUUCUCCAGAUCAUCUGGCUGACAAACCGUCUCCGCGUGCUGAAAGACCUCGUGAGUAAGGUGGAUGAUCCAAAAGAAGAUAUUCUUCGUUCUGCUGGGAUGUUGGAAGUGGAUCUGUUACAAGAGCUAAACAGGUAG